AUGUGCCGUGCAAGUCGGCGCAGGUCGAGUCACUUGUAUGUACCCAGCCAAAUUUCAGACAAGGACCAAGUGCCCCGCCAUCACUGCUCCUCGAGCUUCCCGACCACCGCCACGGGAUCCAUUGUGGGUAUGGACAACAAUGGAGUUAUCGAAAUCACAAAUGCCUUCCCGUUCCCCACGGUCGACGUCUCCGGCACCGACAGCCACCAGUCCGACGCAACUAGCCUUGCCGCGGCCGCUCCCCGCGCGAAAGCCAACAUCGCCUACCAGAACGAGAUGAUUAGACACCUUAAGGAGGUUAAUGUGGAUGCGAACAACGUCGGUUGGUACACGAGUGCGACCAUGGGGAACUUCAUCAACCUUAGCUUCAUCGAGAACCAACACCAUUACCAGCGCGACAAUGACAAGACGGUUGCGCUCGUCCACGAUGUCAGCAGAAGUUCUCAGGGCGCCCUGAGUCUACGCGCUUUUAGGUUGUCGCCGGAGUUCAUGGCUGCUUUCAAGGAGGGGAAGUUUACAACGGAAAGCCUCCAGAAGUCGAAACUAACAUUUAGGGAUAUCCUCGUCGAAGUCCCUGUGGUUGUCCACAACUCCCAUCUCCUCACCUCAUUCCUGCACCAAAUCCCCGCCCCACCAAAGUCGGCCGAGAUCCCGCUUCCGGCUUCGCUCGAAGACAUCCGUCGCGAUCCCGCUCAACUGCCCGCGCACCCAUCCUUCGACACUCUGGAUCUUUCGAUCGAUCCUUUCCUCGAGAAGACCUGCGAUUUGUUGCUCGAUAGCAUCGAGUCCCACUACUCCGAUCUCAACAACCACCAGUACUAUCAGCGGCAGCUUACCCGUGAGCAAUUCAAGAUCACACAAUGGCAAACAAAGCGCAAGGCAGAGAAUGCUGCGCGCUUAGCAGCAAAGCAACAGCCCCUUCCUGAGGAUGAGUGGCAGAGACUCUUCAAACUCCCGCAGGAGCCCAGCCGGCUUGAGGGCAUGCUCAACGCUCGGCAAGUUGAGCAGUACAGCAAGCAAGUGGAUGGUUUCACUGCGAGCAUUACCACUAAGAUGUUCGCCGUGAGGGGGAACUUACUGCCCGAGUGA